AUGAGAUGUCACAUACAUAAAUCUUCCAACAUUUUAAACGUAAAUUCCUCACAUAUCCCACUUAGUUUUUCAGGCACCACAACUAACUUUCAACAACGUCGAAAACAUUCUUUAAAAUAUUAUUUUGGUGUGGGUGCUUUAGUCGGCCUAUGCUAUGGUAUUUGGGAAUUUACAAACACACCAUCAUCACCUUUUCCAACAGAAGUAGCUGACAAACUAAAAGAUGCAUUAUGGGCAGAGAGUGAAAAAGAAAAUUUUAAUUCUCGUAAGGCGCUGAAGUUUUAUAUCAAUGCAUUGGAACAAUGUAACAUUUCAAAUAUGGAUAAUUUAUCAGAUGAAUAUACCAGUAUCGAAUUGAAAAUCGCUGAAUUAUACCAAAAACUUGGUCAAUUUGAAGAAGCGAAUGACAUGUAUUUAGAAUUAUUAGCUAGAUACUUUUCAGCCUUAAGUACUACAGACCUUGUUGAAGAGGAUCGUAGAGGUACAUUGAUACGAAGAGAUUUACGUGUGCUAAUCAAAUCAUUAGAGACAAAUAAAGACUUAAGUCUUGGUAGACGUAACCUAUUAGCUCAUUUACUAUUGGCUCAAGAGGAAGUGUUAAGCAAAUCACCUGAAUUAAAGAACUUUUUUGAAAAAAGAAAGCAAAAGACUAUCGAUAUAUUUAACGGUAAAUCAACAAAGGAGCCAUUUGAAUUUAAAACAUACGUAAAUGAAGAAAAUAUUAAAGUUAAUGAGGAUGGCUAUAUGACUCUCAAUAUGAACCAUAAUAGUUCUGCUUGGGAACCAUUUAAAGAGGAGUUUUUUACUGCAAGAGAUUUGUAUACAGCAUAUUGCUUAUCUGCAAAGGACAUCACUGCAGCUCUUGGAUGCAAAAUGACUACUGUGGAAUGGAUGGUUAUGGCUGAUAUGCCUCCUUCACAAAUUCUUCUUUCACAAGCAAAUUUAGGAUCUUUAUUAUAUCUUCAAGCAGAGAAAUUUGCAGCUGAGGCAGAUGAACUUCAAUCGAAGUUAAAUGAGGCAACUAUUGGAAAUGAUGAAUCGAGAGAGCUGGCUAUUGAUUUACGUACCAUUUCUUCCAAUAAAGAAAGAUCUUUAAAGAUGGCUAGCCAAUGUUAUGAAAGUGUUAUAGAUUUUGCUAAGAAAAAUAAGAAGCUGCGAUUUAAGAUUAAAGAAGAACUAGACCCAUCGGCCUCCCAGGCAAUUGCAUUAUCUACAUAUGGAAUUGGCGUAUUGAGCAUACAAAACGGAUCGUUUGCUAAAGCUGAAAACCUUUUAAAGGAGGCUAUCUCACUAGCUAAUGAUACUGGUUUUGUUGAAUUAUUAAGUGAAGCAAGCUUAGAAUUAGAUAAAUUAACAGACCGUAAGGCUAAAUUUUCUAACCUAUCGAAAUAA